GUCUUGGGCAAAGAUGCAGCCCAACGCACUGCACAUAAUCUGCUGGUGAUCUACAUUCUCCCUGAAGAACAAGAACGUUUCAACAAGUGGUCUUUAGUGGGCAUUCGGCACAGUUGUACAUACGUUUCCAUUGCACCCCAUCUCAAUGAUGGUCCAUAGUGGUACGCUGGUUCUGUUGGUGGCUGUAUCCUACACUAUAUUUCGGACAGAGGCUAAGGGGUGUUCUGGGUCAUCGUGCGGUGGAAAAUGUGACUGCAGUGGAGUAAAAGGAGAAAAGGGUGAGCGGGGGUUUCCUGGUCUCCAAGGCAACAUGGGGUUCCCGGGUAUGCAGGGCAACGAGGGGCCCGCCGGGCCGAUGGGCCCUAAGGGAGAAUAUGGCGAGUCUGGAACUCCUGGAAUGAAAGGAACACGUGGAUCUAAUGGUUUGUCAGGCUUCCCAGGAAAUCCAGGGCUACCGGGUAUCCCCGGACAAGACGGCCCUCCUGGAUCGUCAGGUAUCCCAGGGUGCAACGGAACAAAGGGAGAUCGAGGGACAGAUGGACAGCCUGGGUUCCCUGGUCUACAGGGUCCUCCUGGUAUCCCUGGGCUAAUGGGAAUGAAAGGAGACCCAGGUGGUGUUUUAGGAAUCAUCCCACUGAAAGGAGAUAAAGGAUUCCCUGGAACACCUGGUUUACCGGGACCUAAUGGCCCCUCAGGACCCGAAGGCCCCCCAGGAAACCAGGGAUCAGACGGACCCAGAGGUUUCCCUGGCAUACCUGGCCCCCCAGGAGAAAAGGGUGACCGGCUGUCAUUCCAGAGUGAGAAGGGAGACAAGGGUGCACAAGGGCUCCGUGGUCCCCCUGGCCCCCCUGGACUCCCGUCACAGGAAGCGGGAGGAAAUACCGUUACUCAUUUCCUCCCUGGACCACCGGGUCAGAGAGGCGAGACAGGAGACAGAGGAGACAAAGGUUCUUGCAUUCCCCAUCUAAACGGGGUCAAAGGUGAACAAGGCCCACCAGGACCACGGGGAAAACCUGGCAAAGAUGGCGACAAUGGAUUUAAGGGAGAGAGAGGCUUUCCUGGUGGCCCUGGAUACCAUGGAACACCGGGUGAAAAAGGAGAGAAAGGACCUCCAGCAUAUGUUGAUAGUGCUCCUGGCUCUCCCGGCCCCCCUGGUCUCCCGGGCUUACAAGGAGAAAGAGGUUUCCCUGGUCUUCAAGGAGACCUUGGUCCACCAGGCAGUCUUAUUGAAGGACCUCCCGGAGAGAAGGGCAUACCAGGAGAGAUUGGUCAGAAGGGAGACAGGGGUGCAGAUGGGGACUCUCUCACAGGAAAGCCUGGACAAGAUGGAUCUGCCGGACCCCCUGGUCCUCCCGGACCUCCUGGUGAUGAGCCAUGUGAUCCAGCCCUUGAGAAGGGACCACCCGGACCCCCCGGCCCACCAGGACUACAGGGGGAGUUGGGACAGAAAGGUGAUCAGGGAGACACGUGUGUGCAGUGUGAAGCCUUCGGGCCCCCUGGACUCCCUGGUCCACAGGGGCCUAAAGGACUGCAAGGAUAUCCUGGAGCAGCAGGCACUAAAGGAGACACGGGCCUGCCUGGACCUACUGGGCCUGAUGGAAGCCCCGGCAAUUACGGUACUCCUGGGUUGAUCGGGGCUCCAGGAGCCCAUGGUGAGCCUGGCGAUAUCUACGUGGCUUCAGGGCUGAAGGGUGACAAAGGAGGGUCUGGCUUCGUGGGCACACGAGGACUGCCAGGUGUGGAUGGACUGCCAGGGAAAGCUGGACUACCAGGCCUGCCCGGACCCAAAGGAGAACCUGCCCAAGAUGGCAUCAAGGGGGACCGUGGUCUGGAUGGGGAACCUGGGAUCACUGGACCCCCAGGAGAGAGGGGUCCUCCUGGUGUACCAGGGUUUGGCCGACAGGGGGAGCCUGGAGAGAAGGGUACAUCUGGCCAAGGAGGCCGACCUGGAAUCCCUGGACAACCAGGAGUGAAAGGUGAACCAGGAAAAGGUGUGAGUUCACCUGGACCCCAGGGCACCCCUGGACCUCGAGGAGAAUCUGGCAUACGUGGACUACAAGGUGACCGAGGACCUCAUGGAGACCCAGGAAUUCCAGGAUUCCCAGGUCAGAAAGGUGACACAGGUGCACCUGGCAUGGGAUUCUCAGGUCCACCUGGACCUAAAGGAUAUUCUGGAGCUCCAGGAGCCACUGGGUUGCCAGGAGAGCCUGGAAGACCUGGACAGGAUGGUUUCUCUGGAAUAUCAGGCACACCUGGUCCAAAGGGUGAGCCAGGUAGGGGUCUACCUGGACCUAAAGGUGCUCAGGGUCCUGCCGGAGUGACAGGUUUCCCUGGAGAGAAAGGCAACCUUGGUCUACCUGGUAUUCCCGGACAAGAGGGACACACAGGACCACCUGGAGCUCAGGGCAUCAAAGGUGACCACGGCCCCCCUGGUCAGCAUGGUGGCACAGGACCCCCUGGACCCCCUGGAGCAGGAGAACCUGGUGCCCCUGGACCCAUGGGACCCCCUGGAGAGUCAGGCCUCUUCGGUCAUGAUGGUGUGAAGGGUGAUAAGGGUUUGCCUGGCUCUCCUGGUCUGGACAUGCCCGGCCCUCAGGGAGAGAAGGGAGACUCAGGAUUACCUGGACUUUCUGGUUCCAAAGGGUUUCCAGGACGACCAGGCCCCGCCGGCAGAGAUGGAUUCCCUGGGGGGGCAGGCCCCAAGGGAGAGAUGGGAGUCAUGGGAACACCUGGAACACCAGGAUAUCAGGGUCCUUCUGGGAACCCUGGAAGUCCAGGACUGAGAGGUGACCCUGGUAUCUCUGGGCCAAGGGGGGAGUUCGGUGAGAAUGGACCCAAAGGAGAGAGGGGAGAGCCAGGUCUCCAGGGCCCUGCUGGCAACAUGACUGACGUUGAUAUGGAGCACAUGAAGGGCGAGAAAGGAGACCUCGGGGAUCCAGGUGACCCUGGAUACACGGGAGAGAAGGGUUAUCCAGGACAGCCUGGAGUACCUGGUAUGCCAGGAAAGGAUGGAGAGCCCGGUACACCUGGUCAGCCAGGUGAUAAAGGGGAGACAGGUUUUCCUGGAGAGCCCGGCAGUAUUGGAUAUCCUGGAAAUAAAGGAGGCAUUGGCGAAAUGGGAUAUCCAGGUUCUCUAGGUACGAAGGGUGAUAAAGGCAUUGUGGGCACACCGGGUCAUCCAGGGUUCAGGGGUACAGAGGGGGUGAAGGGAGACAAGGGACAAACCGGUCUGCCAGGUGUUGGAGUACCAGGACCCUCUGGAGAGAAGGGUCAGUUGGGUCUGCCUGGGUUCCCUGGUAACGCAGGAGAGAAGGGUCAGAAGGGAGGAAUGGGAGUGCCCGGGAUGCCAGGAACACCAGGAACCAAGGGAGACACUGGACACAUCGGUUACCAAGGUCAGCCGGGUCAGCCAGGAGAGAAGGGUAUUGGUGGGCUUCCUGGGUCACCAGGAGAGCCAGGUCAAACAGGUCGACCAGGUGAGCCUGGUCUGCAGGGUCCACCAGGUACAACCGGAGAGAAGGGAGCGUCAGGAGUGGACGGCAUACCUGGAUCAUCAGGAGAGAGAGGAGACACAGGUUUACCCGGCAGGGGCUUCUCAGGGACACCAGGGUCGUCUGGGGAUAAAGGUGACAAAGGCUCUCCAGGUUUCCCAGGCUCUCCAGGUAUCCCGGGUAUCCCAGGGACCAGGGGAGACAAGGGUAUUCCAGGAUUUGAGGGUUCCCAUGGCCAGCCAGGAGAACGGGGUCUCCCAGGACCCGCCAUGGAGGGGCCCAAAGGAGACCAAGGAGUGUCGGGAAAGCCUGGAGAACCAGGUACCAGUGGUGCUCCAGGUCCUGCUGGUGUUCCAGGCAGCGUGGGGGGGAAGGGAGACAAAGGGGACCAGGGUGAACCAGGAGUACAUGGGGAGCAGGGUUUCAAAGGAGAUCAAGGAUAUCCUGGACUUUCUGGUCAAGCUGGCCUUCCGGGUGUUGAUGGACUGAAGGGAGAGAUGGGACUGCAGGGAGUACCUGGUUUCCCAGGGACAAAGGGUGAAUUCGGAGUGGUUGGAUUCAAAGGAGAGCUAGGGGACAGAGGAUUCCCAGGAGACAAAGGUAAUGAUGGUCCCCCUGGUCCUCCUGGCCCCCACAUCUUCAUCAAGGGAGACAGCGGCUUCCCUGGUAAUCAGGGCCCUCAGGGGCCUGUGGGGCCCUCGGGUAUCCCUGGGCUGAAAGGACAGCAAGGUGUGACAGGUAUUCAGGGUAUUAAAGGUGAUGAGGGGAACCCAGGGUUUAAUGGUCUCCCCGGCGCCAAGGGAGAACCAGGCUUGCUUGGUCCCUCAGGACCCAGAGGGUACCCUGGACCCCCAGGACCUGAUGGUGUUCCGGGUCAGGUGGGUCCUCCUGGCCCCUCCUCCAUGGAACAUGGUUUCCUGGUAACCAGGCACAGCCAAUCGGUGGAGGUUCCACAUUGUCCUGAGGGAACGUCAGUGAUCUAUGAUGGAUAUUCCCUACUCUACGUCCAGGGCAACGAGCGCUCCCACGGCCAGGACCUGGGUACGGCUGGUAGCUGUCUAAGGAAGUUCAGUCCCAUGCCCUUCCUCUUCUGUAACAUCAACAACGUCUGUAACUUUGCCUCCCGUAACGACUACUCCUAUUGGCUCACCUCCCCUGAGCCCAUGCCAAUGAACAUGGCCCCUAUCACUGGCCAGAGCAUCAAGCCCUUCAUUAGCAGGUGUUCAGUGUGUGAGGCUCCUGCCAUGGUGAUAGCAGUGCACAGUCAGAACAUCAUGAUCCCAUCAUGCCCCAAUGGCUGGGACUCACUCUGGAUUGGCUACUCCUUCGUCAUGCACACUAGUGCAGGUGCUGAGGGCUCUGGACAGGCACUGGCAUCUCCUGGCUCCUGUCUAGAGGAGUUCCGUGGCGCUCCGUUCAUCGAGUGUCACGGCCGUGGAACCUGCAACUACUAUGCCAACUCCUACAGCUUCUGGCUGGCCACCAUCGAGGACGAGGAUAUGUUUACGAAACCUGUGCCCACCACACAAAAGGCAGGAAAUCUCCGGAGUAACAUUAGCCGUUGCCAGGUGUGCAUGAAGAGGACAUAGGCUCUACCCCCUGACCUCUCUGUGACCCUUAACCACCCACCACAACCCCUGACCCCACCCAGUCCGACGGUCCGGGGCGUGACUUUGUGUUAUUGACCAAAGGAUGGUGCUAUUUCACUGCGUGUGUGAGAGGAACAGGCAGACACACUGUGAAACAGAACAAACAAAAAACACCCAGAAAGAUUUAUGAAAGAACAAAACACACUGUCAGAGGAGGCUGGUGGGAGUAGCUAUAGGAGGACAGGCUCAUUGGAAUGGAAUAAUGGAAUGGAGUAAAAUAUGUGUUUCAUAUAUGUUUGAUACCGUUCCAUUUUAACCAUUGCAAUGAGUCACUCCUCCUAUAGCUCCUCCUACCAGCCUUCUCUGACACACCAGAGACCAAACCAUAAGAUCAACUGGCCCUACGCUCCAUGCAGAACACUUUACUAACAUUUUCACAACGUUUCUCUAGCGAAUGUCGCCCAGUUUACGACUGCACUGAGUACAUCCCGCCCCCCUCCCCAUUAGUAAACUGGCGUCCAUUUUGAAAGGGGUGUUUGUGUAAGUCAGGUGCUAUUGAAUCUAAUCUACUUGCCUUAUUCCAGUACAUUAUGUUUAUAUUUUCACUCAAUGCCACUGACUUUCAGCUCUGAGUUAGUUAUAUUGUUAUUGUUCCUCACUUUUGUAAUAACACAAUACUAAUAAUGUAAGGAUGGGAGUUACCACUGGUUACAGAUGCUUGUCAUGCUGAGACAUCACUGUAAGUUAAGGGCUCUAUUCAAGCUAUCACGGAAGUUCAUCGUUACAGCAUGAUUGAAAAUUCAAAGCCAAUGUUCCCACAUUAGCAGAUACUGUAUUCACAUUAAACACUGCAUACGUCGGCUCAAUCGGAAAUGACCUUUACAUUUAUAUCAUGCAAUCUGUAACGCUUCAGCGACGCAGAUUGAAUAGAGCCCUAAUGGUUGCUAGCAUGCAUGCAUCGCGAUGGUUCUGUUGUAAAUAUAUUACUUUUCUUUUUCCUUCCUAAAAUAACAGCCACCAUAAUCUCUUCAGGUAUUUACAUUUUAAUUUGUAUUAUUUCAAUUUGUAUUUAUUUGAGUAAAUGUAGAGCUCGAGUGGAUUUGAGUCGCCAAAGAACCAUAAUCAAUGUCACUAAAGAAAGUACAGUAUGGUAUUCUGUUCCAACCUGACCUAGGCACUUAUAGUUCUAAUACUGGGUUUAAUGUUACAUGCUACAGUUGGCAUACAUCAGACCUGCCGCUAUAGGCCAACACCUUCAGUGCCUUAUCUGUCAGUAUGCAGAACAGUAACAUAGUGGUGGCAGCAUCACUGAUAGUGUGUUAUUUCAUUGGAGCGCAUCACACACAUCACAUAAGGCUGCUGAGUGGAGGACCUCUCAUAAUAAUUCAUGUUAAUGGAAUGGUAUCAAACACAUGGAAAACAUCUGUGCAAUACCAUUCCAUUGAUUACGUUCCUGCCAUUAUUACGAGCCUGUCCUCUUCAAUGAAGGUGCCGCCCGCAUCACACACACACACACACACACACACACACACACACACACACACACACACACACACACACACACACACACACACACACACACACACACACACACACACACACACACACACACACACACACACUUGCGCAUCCACACCCUGUCAGUACGAGGGGGAACAUUGACACAGCUUGUCAUCUGUAGUAUGCAGAGGGUGUGUGUGUUGUCACAAGCCGAAAGAGUUUUCACACACGGACCUGUUGACAGAAGAAGUUCAUGGCUUGUAGUUUGUGUGCGGAGCGAUCCUUAAGACAGCGAGUCGUCAAACACUCGUCAGUUCACUUGGCCACUCAAUCAACUCUGUGUGCAUCAAUAGUUCUGUGUGAUGUACGUUUCCUGAAUACGUCCUUCACAUGGUUUUGUGUGUUGAAGCUUAUUAAUCAAAUGCUAGAACCCAAAGAAAGACAUGUAUACACACGCACACCUAUGUGUACUCUUAUUCUUACUCUGAUAUACUUGAUCAUGCCUCCUGCAAUAUUAUUCCUGUGAUAAUUAGCUAGAUAUAUUUAGAUUUUCCAUUUUUGGUCAAAGACCGAGAAGGAUAUAUUUAUGACUAAGUGCUUUUACAGAUUCCUGGGUAUUUUGAAUCUACUUUUCAAGCUCCCUUUUAAAAUGUAAAUUCCCUACUGCUCUUUUUGGCACUUGUCCCUAAUCUACUACAUGAAUCCUACCCUGCUGCUCCCCCUUUUGUCUGAGGGUGAACGCAAAAACCCUAGAACCAAGACUCUCUUGUCCAAGCCCAGAAUUAGUUGAGUACUAAAUUAUUGAGAUGAAAGAAAUAAAGCAUCCAAACCUCACAAACUACUUGUAACCGGCAAUCAUUCAGAGGUUUCCUCCAAUCAAAGCCUUCUGAAAGUAAAAGUCUCUUAUCAUUAGUAGACUGAACUCAAAACAUUUUUUUUUUAAAUUAUUCUUCAGAAAAUGCUCAUUCAUACGUACAGUAUCAGUAGCACUUGUUUAGGAAUACGUUUGAGUUCAGUGACAAAUUUUGCAUGAGAGUUCUUGGUUGUAGUCCCUAGCUCAUUAUUAACCAACCGACCAAAUGUUUUGCCAACUAUUCUUCUCACCUCCCAGUCCCCAUACUGUGUAAAUCAUACAAUAAAAUGAUUUGUCUAAAA